UGCUCUAAGAACCAUCAGUGUCUCUCCUCCUGUGGAGAGAGCCCCUGGAGCUGCUCCUCUCCUGGGUGCCAGUCCCUCCUCUGGCCCUGUGGGUGCUGCAUCUCCCUUCCUGCAGAGCUGCAGGAACUGCACUGGCACCCUGGAUGUGUCCUGCAUUGAGGCUCCAAGGCUUUGAAAGAAGCAGAACUGCCUCACCGACUCUAAAUACAGGGAGAGGCUUCCAAGGUAUUGAUUUUGGCUCUGCUUGAGGCAGGCAGCUCCCUCGGUCUUCUCCGCUGGCAAAUAUUUCUCAUUUUCAGCUCCUCAGCUGGUUAACACCAACAGAACUUGUUUGAGAAGCUGCAGCACUUUGCAUUCAUUAUUUACAAGGUUUCAGACAAACACUUGGUGCUCAGCCAGGGCCCAGCCCUCGGUGGUUGUGGACAGGCUGAGUGGAGUUGUUUGGCCACAAGGAUGAGCCUGAGCCUACCUGUCUGAGCAGCUCCCGCUGAAUCAGCUCAGCCAGCUCUCAGCAAACAGCAGCCAGAGCCAGCCCCCCCUGCAGUGUCCCUGCAGGCUGAGCCAGGUGGGCUGGAGGAGCUCCAGUGACAUUUUCUGCCCCACUCAUUUCAGAGAAUCUUUUAGUUCAGAGGAGACUUUUAAUCCCCUUCCUGCCCACGCUCUGCAGCCCAGGGAGCCAGAGCUGCCUCCUGUGGGUUGUCAGCUCUGUGCCCUUUGAUGUUCCCCUGGUUUGCUUUUUUCCCUCGCUGUCCAGCUUCUCUAGAAACCCCAAGCUGUGGUUACAGCCAGACAAGUACAAGCCCAGGUCUGGAGCCUGUGAGCAAAGGGGAAGGAAGCCAAAUGGGCAGUGAGGGAGGAACUGAAAUUCGUGUGAAGCGCUUGAAUUGCCCCUGGCCUGGUUCAGAUGGGAGCAGCACAGGUUCUCCCAGGCCGUGACUCACAGGCACAGCCCCGCAGGAGCUGCAGAGCGGGGCAGCGGCGCUGCCGGGGUGUUCAUGGAGCCCCAGCUCCGAGCUAGGGCUGGGGACUCUGUGCUGCUGCGGUGCCUCUUCAUAGACCCCGAGGGCAAGGGAUGGACCCUGCACAAAGUGGACUGGCUGCACAGGGCAGGAGCUGGCGCUCAGGAGGAGAUGGUGUUUUUUUACUACAGCAACCACGGCGUCCCCGCGGGCCGCUUCAAGGCGCGGGUGCAGUGGCAGGGGGACAUCUCCCGCUGCGACGGCUCCAUCCGGCUGCGGGACCUGCGCCUCAACGACAGCGGCACCUACGAGUGCGAGCUGCGGCUGCUGCAGCACAGCAGCGUCUUCAAGAACCGCACGCAGCUGCUCGUCAGCCCCGCGGAGCCCAGAGGAGGAGGAGCAGCCGGUACCGAGGAUGCCGCGCCCCCGAGAGACUCCGGGUUCUGGCCGGCCGUGGUGGGCUGUGGAUGCGUGGCCGUGGUGGUGGCGUUCCUGGCCGGGCUGUGCGUGAGGAAGAGGUUUGCAAGCAUCACAGCCCUGGAGAGGAUGGGGAAGAGCAGCAGCAAGGACAAGGCAGAGGAAGCAAUUUACUCCUCAAUCCCUGGAGCUGAGGUACCCAAGGCUGAGCAGGAAGCAAAGAAGAAGGGGAGAGCUGAGGACACGUACAUAACCAUGCACCCGUCUCACUGCCGGGACAACGGUGUCUACGUGGAGCUGGCCAAGAGGGCAAUCCCGUCGGCGUGGAUGGCAGAGGGGGCACAGGGGGAUGGACAGAGCCAGCAGCCCCACAGCAGGCAGGAGGAGGCACCUCCCCAGCCUCCAGAGCAGCACAAAUAGCUGUGCUGUGGGGUGGCAGCACGGGGAUGACAGCCCUUGUCCAGGUGUGUCCCUCUGAGGACUGAGCGCUGGUGACACUGUGUGCCCUGUGCCAGGGCACUGCUGGGGCACAGCCCACCCCAGCUGUCUGCAGGGGACCAGGGGACAGCUGUCCCUCCAGCUCCUGUCCCCUGGACUCUGGAGAGAGUGGGGACAGCCUCAGGCUCCAGCUUUGAUCCUGGCCCAGGGUAAGGAUCUCCAACGGGGGAGAUGCAGCGGGAGCCGGAGCCGUCAUGGUAUU